AAUCCACUCCCUUUCUUUCUCGUUCCUGUCAGAUUUCCCCACCGUAUGAUAUGAUAUGAUAUGAAAUCGUAGUGCGAUGAUGAGCUUCGCCAUGUGAAACCCUGUGCACCGGUGUCACAGUGUGAUGGAGAUAUAAAUACUUAUUGAGGAGCGUCGCCAGAAUUUUUCAUCUAUCCGGAGGAGCUAUAUAACAGCUGUGAUAAUAAAAAGGUGUUUUCUCUCCUCUUCUUCUCCCUUUGCCCACUUAUGAGUACAUGCCCUUUACCCCCCCGCGAGUAACCUAACGUAUAUAGCACUAUCAUAGAAGUACGCAUCAUACCCCCGCGGCCUUUCGUUUCGCCUCACACCCACCCACCCUCCACCACACCAUACAGCAGGGCAGUUGCAACGAGCAAACUUUGGGAGAAGAAAAAUUCACAGAAUUUAAUAUCAUAUAAAAAAGUCAUCCGCCCCCUCUCCUCCGCUUCUGCCGGCCAACAAUAGAACCCGCAUACCUUUCUAACAACCCUACCGCCGUCCGAGAUGUCGGAACUUCGACGAAAGGCUCUUGGGAGCGGAAAGACUGUCUCUCGCAAAGCUGCCUCCCGCCAGUCCUCUGCAGCCUCUUCCAGGGCAAAUUCCCGCAGCACUUCUCGUGCCAACUCUAGAGCCGCCAGCAGGGCCAAUACUGAUGACGAGGGCUCCCUGAGCGACGAAACCACCUUCAGGUAUGCACUGGUUUGCCUUCUGUUGUCGGACCCAUAUCCCUCUUUGCGGGAAACCGAAGCUAACCCUGACGAAACAAACAGUCUUGGAUCGGUUGAUGAUCUUGCCACCAUCGAUGUCGAGCUCGAUGAGACCACAACCGUCUGGCAGGAGGAACUUGGCGAUAGAAUAAAUCAAAUUAUCGAACGCAAAAGGUCGAGCUCCGUUGGGAGAGAGGAAUCUUUGACAGCCUAUAUUCGUAUCCUAUCCGCCAAAUAUGCAAAGGAGGAAAUACUCUCCAAAAAGUCUGAACUCCUCGAUGCUUUUGUAAGGAGCCUCAAGCAGGGGAAGACGGAGAAGGAAGCGCUGCUUGCUGCGAAAGGUAUGUGUUAUUCCACGAGUGGAUAUACCACCCUCUCGCCCAGCUCCCGGGAAUUACUGAAGGUAUGGUCAUUUGGGUCGGGGCUAAUUCAAUCUUUCCGCAGCGUUGGCGAUUACCAUUGUCACGGAUCCCGAGGACACCCUUUUCGAUAGACUGGCCCCGGAUUUCAAGCGCACUAUCAGAGAUCAUGCAUCCCUGCCGCUCAAGAACGCCUUGAUCCACGCUUUGGGAGCUGUGGCAUUUUACGGUGGGGCCUCCGUUGCCGAGACAGAGCUUAUCAUGGACUUUUUUAUGGAGAUCGUCGAGUCCGAUGGUCAUGAUAUUGGCGCGGGUGAUGAUGCAGGGGCUGUUACUGCUGCCUUGGAGGAGUGGGGUAACCUUGCCACCCAGCUGGAAGAUGCUGAAGAGGUUACUCGUCGCUCGAUGGCGUCCCUCGUUGACCAGUUGGAUUCUUCCGAAAUCUUGGUCCAGGUUGCUGCGGGUGAGAAUAUUGCCUUGCUCUACGAAAAGAGUUACGCCGAGGCGGAAGAUGAUGAAGUUGUUGAAGACCACUCAGAAUCCGGCCUAGGGAAGAACUUUGUCCAAAAAUACAAACCCUACCCUCGUCAUGACGAUCUGGUUCACACCCUCCGCGGCCUCUCAAGCGGAUCGAAAAAGUAUCUCUCCAAGAGGAACAAGAAGACCCAGCAUUCGGCAUUUGUUGAUAUCCUACAUAGCGUUGAGAACCCUAUGAAGGGCCCACGUUACUCCGAAGCGCUGGAUAAGGACAACAGAGUUCGUGGCUCAAGAAUGACAGUUAGAAUUCACAAGAAGGGGUUAUUGAGGGUAGAGAGGUGGUGGAAGCUUCAUCGCCUUCAGCACUUGAGAAGAAUUCUUGCAGGUGGUUUCUUGAACCAUUGGAUCGAAAAUCCAGUCAUAUUUGAGAGUUUGAGGUACGUUAUUGCUUAUUCUACCACUACAAUUAAACCGAAGUUGACUUGCUGUGACCAUAGCUUGUUUGUGGAGGAAAUAUAAAAGCGGCCCCCGGUAGUCUCCUAACCUGGUUGUUCUUCAGGUAGAAGGCCUCUUCAUUUUUUCCAUCUAUUUACUUUCUUCGGGGUCCGUAUUCGGUCCGCGGGAAAGAAAAAAAAGAAAACAAAAAAACAAAAAAACGAAAGGCUGAAUGGACUAGCAUAGUAAGUAGUGAGUUCCUUGUAAUUUUACUACCAUUGUCUGUUCUGGGGGUUUCUACGUUCCCUCCUUCCCCUAAUUGCUUUUUUUUCUUCCUUAUUUUGUUGUUCUCCCUCUCUUUGUAUUUCUGGCUUCACCACUGGCUUUCGUUUCCGCCCCAGGCAUAGCUCUUGGGGUUUCUCUGGGCUUCGAGAUAUAUAAGGUAGACUGGCAAUUCUUAAUUACCUUUUUAAUUUUAAUUUUAAUUUUUUCACUCCUAUGAUACAUGGUAUAGCUUUACCGGCCUUCCGUCAAACAGAUUUUCAACCCUUUAUGCUGUGUCCUUCACGAGUUCUUGGGUAUAUUUCUGUGUUUUACCUCUCGUGGUAGAGGAGCCUGAUCUAGAGUAGUUGACUGUCCAGAUUUUCUCAAGGCAUUGUUACUAUAUCUCUGUUAUAUUUAUAUAAGAUUUCUUGUGUCGGUAUCGGGAAAGAUUAGUCGUUAGGAGAUUGUUUCUUCAAGGAGAUGUCUCAAGUGGUAUUACGGAUUUAAUCUGUCCAACCUCUUGACCCCCUGACUAUCCAUAAUGUUAUGAUACCUAGUUACGGUAGCCUAGUUAGUCUAUUACAACAUCGCUCCUCUUGGAAGCUACCGUAGUCUU